UGUUACUACAGACACAUUGUGUGUAAAUAUUGUGCUUAACUGUUUACACAGUGUCUGUGUUAAACACAUUUAAGCAGUGCAUAUUGAAAUAAAAUAUAUAUUUUUUCUGUAGUCAAAGGGCAAUGUCUAAAGUAUUUAUGUAGUUUAUUUAUCAUGAUGCCAAUUUAAAAUAAUCAUUUAAGCGCGCAGGGAGAAAAUACUGGAUUGCGGGAAUGUACGUGCUGUGAGCUUCUGCACGUGUGGCGCCGCGGCGCCUGCGCCGUGACGUUCUUUUUCAACCGUUGCUCCGACAGCCCUGUCAGAUAAUGCGGCUCUCUGCCUCAGAUGAUGGAUGUCGAGGAACAAAUUACAGUUAAUCUAACAAUUUUACACCGAGUGCUGGCAACUGUCUUCAUAGACGGAAAUGAAACAUGGAGAAAACUAUUCACAGUUGGAAGUGUCGGCGAACUGAUAGCCUCAGCCAAAACUGAGCUGUCUCAACGAGUAUCUCUUGAUCGAAUACUGAAAUUUGACACAGAUUUUCAAGAAUUCAUUGACACUGAUGUGAAUGCAGGAGUGCGGGAGCUUGACAAAUUUCAAAUAUAUUAUAAUGCAAGCAGCAACCAGGAUUCAUUAGAAGGAAGUGUACAACCAUUACAGUGUCAUUCAACAGAUGCAACUCGGACUGGCACCACACCUAGCUUGCUGACACUGCUUGAAGAAAAAGCCCCUACAAUCCUGAAAGAACACGAAGAGACAAAGACGCUGUCUAUUUCUUCAAGAAAGUUUCUUGUUAAAGCUGCUGUCAGUGACCUCGUAGAGAAACAUGGAUUCUAUCCAUCUGGUACAGAAAAGCUGGCACUAGCAAAGGAGAUUGUGACAUUGUUCCCCUCGUUAAGGAUUCAAGUGCCCUUUGGUGAAAAUGAGGGACACGAGCAUUUUUUUGAUGGGCCAUCACACAGUGGAUUUAUAGAGAUGAGACUACGGAACAUCAGACGGAAGCUUCAACAGAGCCAGCGGAUGUACAGUUUGAAACGUCGUCAGUGUACACAGCAACCUUCUUUGCCUAGUCCAGAUGAAACCGUGUCAAGUGAGUGGUUGACCCUGAUAAAGAGGAUGCGACCGUCACCAGAGAAUUCGUCAUCAAUAAAGACUGCAGUUGACCAAACCUUCAGUUACCGAAGGAGAUGGAUAACGACAAAAUCCCCAACUGUUGCUGAAAUCUUCAAGGAAUAUCCCAGAUUUCUUGACAUGCCAGCCUUGAUGGACAUUGAAUUUUCCAAGCUCACAGAUGGAAAAGAAGACUUGUUCAUCCGGAAAUGGGAAGGGACCAUAAUUCCAAAGCUCAAGGAAAUCGCAUCCUUGGAGAAGAAGAAUGACAUCAGACACUUGCUGGAGAAAGCUGACAAUCAGCAUGAUGAUGAGCUGUGUUACACUAUGUUGAAGAUCCUCAUUCAUCUUCUUCCACCCACGGCAUCUGGGAGAAGUGUUGCUGGCAGUAAAUGCUGUGUGAACUCUGCAGUCUCAUACCUGUUGGAGCAAGUGCCGGCUGGUACAAACGUGACCUCCUUGCUCAGUGAAUCCAUGAAAGGGUCCCUGAAGUCAGCUCAGCCGCAGUUGGUUUCCAUCGGUUCUCUAGGACAUGGAGCCCAGUAUGUAAUUGUGGCAAAGAAUGAUUCUUUUGCCCUUCCACUUGAUGUUGAAAGCAUGACCUGUGCUGUAGACAGACUUUUCAAAUUCUUCUGGUUGUGCAAUCUUCAGUAUCCAUGCCAACUAUCCUCCGUUUUUUCAUUUUUUGAGUAUAUAUAUGACCUACCUUUGUCCCAGUCCUCUUGCAAACGAUCAAAGGUCAUGGAAUUGAUUGCAAAAUUGCAAUCUCGUCCCUAAUUGGAAUAAGCCAUGUAUACCUGUCCAAAGUGUCUUCAAAAUGUUUUUGUUGAAACAAAGCAGUUAAUCUGGCAUUUAAGAGAAGUACAUGCACUCUCUGAUAGCCACAACCUAACUUUAAUUUGUAGUCAAAAUGGUUGCCCCAGAACGUAUCAUAAUUUAAAUUCCUUUUUAAAACAUCUUAGCAGAGAUCAUUGUAACAUGAAUUCAUGCCCAACAGUAGAGUCAGGACACGCUGAAAACAUAGAUAUAGCCAGUCAAAUUGAUGAAAGUAGAAUAAGUAAUUUUGGAGAUAAUGUCCAAAUGUCUGAAACAGAACAAGUUCCUCAGAGCAGUUUAAGCCUAACAGACUGUGCUGCUGCUUUUGCUGCCCGCAUGUAUGCCUCUUCUAAUGUAACUUACACUGAUGUUCAAAAAAGUAUAACCUGCACAAAAGAAGUCAUUGAUCGUGCCUUAGGUCAUUUGCAAGAAAAGACUAAUACUUUACUAAAGAACUUGGCAGUUCCACUAGAUAGUACUGGAGUUCAAACACUAAUGAAAGAUUUUGAGAGUACUAGAAACAUGUUUAGUGACAUAGAUACACCAUUUAAACUAACAAAGUACUUUUCUGACAAUUUUUCCUUUGAGAAGCCAGAAGAAGUGUUUCUUGGUCACAGAUUAGAUAGUGUUAGAAAGAAUGGAAAAAAAGUCAGGUGUUAGUGCCUGUCACAUGCCAGUACAUCUCAAUAAUUAACACAAUUAAAUUUCUAUUUAGCUGUGACAAAAUGCAAAAUAUGUAUAUGCAGUCGUGUGGUGGACAGGGGAAAAAUGCAUGAUUAUUGUGAUGGUGCUCAUUAUUCUAAACAUCCUCUUUACCAAAACCAUUCCAAUGCAUUACAAAUUCAGUUAUACUUCGAUGAUUUUGAAACAACAAAUCCCCUUGGAUCUAAAACAAAGAUUCAUAAAAUGGGGGCUGUUUACUUUACAUUACGAAAUGUGCCUUCAGUGAACAAUUCUGUGCUUUCCAAUAUUCAUUUAUGUCUUUUAUUUAAUUCUGUUGAUAAAGACAUUUAUGGUUUUGAAAGAAUUCUGGAACCGCUUUUAACAAACUUGAAGGAAAUUGAGCAGAAUGGUAUAGAGGUCAAAAUACUUGAUAAAUAUCAAUUACUAUAUGGAACGCUUUGUUUGUUGACAGCAGACAAUCUUGCCUGUCACUCUCUCUGUGGCUAUGUGGAAAGUUUCUCUGCAAACAGAUUUUGUCAAUUUUGUUUAAUUGACAAAUCAAGUUCUCAGUAUAUUUUUGAUGAAAAUAACACAAGGGUGUUAGGACGUACAAGGGAAAACUAUGCAUACCAUGUACAACUCAACGAUGCAAGUGCAACUGGUGUCAAGCAUAACUCAUGCCUAAAUAGCCUACAGUAUUUUCAUGUCACUGAGAAUAUUGGCGUGGACAUUAUGCAUGAUGUGCUAGAAGGAGUCGCACCUCUUGAGGUCAAAUUGAUGCUACGGCAUUUCAUUUAUGAGGAGAAGUGUUUUUCUCUGGAUCUAUUAAAUGAAAGAAUAGCAGCGUUUGACUAUGGCUAUGGAAAUCAAAAAAAUAAACCUAGUGUAAUUGUCAAUCUGAGGACAUCUGAAAAUGCUAUUAAGCAGACUGCAUCACUGAUGUGGUGUUUACUACUAGUCUUGCCUUUUCUGUUAGGUGAUUUAAUUGAUCCAAAGAGCCCACAUUGGCAUCUUUUCCUGCUGUUGCGGGAAAUAUGCGACAUAAUUUUUGCACCUGUUGUGUCAAAAGGGCUUGCUGCUUAUCUUAAACAACUAAUAAUAGAUCACCAUACACAAUUCAAGUCUAUUUAUCCUGAUAGGAAUCUAAUUCCUAAACAUCAUUACAUGACACAUUACCCGAGUAUUAUGACUUUAUUUGGACCUCUUUCCAAGUUGUGGUGCAUGAGGUUUGAAGCCAAACAUCACCCUCUUAAGCGACAAGCCCAAGUAGUAUGCAACUUUAAAAAUAUUUCAAAAAUGCUGGCUCAUAAACAUCAGAUUCAGCAAAUGUACC